AUGCUAAGUUUCGCCCAAGCAGGUGUAGUGGAGGCUUACGACAAGGCACGGAAGCACAUCUUUGAGUCAACAGCCGAGCUACUCAACACUUGGCAGCAGUCGUUCUUCACGUGUGCCGAGGGCAACGACGCUAGCCGCCACCAGUACCUGGAAAUCGGCUGUGGGCCGGGCAGCGUAACACGCAACCACCUCUUGCCCCUGUGUCCACCCACUUUGAAGAGGCUUGUCGGUACGGACAUCUCGGAGGCUAUGUUGGAUUAUGCGAGAACUGCGCACUGCCAUCCGAAGGUCGAUUAUCGGCUGCUGGACAUCACUGCUGACCAGGGCGUCUCCCGCUUUAUCGCCGAGGAGGGUCGCUUUCAGAGGGUCUACUCCUUCCUCGCACUUCAUUGUAUACAGGACAAGGCCGCUGCGUUGAGGAACAUCGAGCGCCUGAUGACGCCCGGUGGCGAGUGCUUGGUCAUGUACAAUCCAUACGCGAGACUAGCGCAGUUUCACCGUGCACUCCUGGAGAGCGAGUCAUGGGGAAAAUACCACGAUGUGAGUUACGCGCUGUGCAUAUGGGUAGCCAACCGAGCCAAGCCUGCUUAA